GUUGAAAACAAACGCUCCCAGUGAGUUGAAUGCUGGGAUUGCUGGCGGUGGAGGUCAGAGAGACGAUUCAAAAUGUCCGUCGCUAGCUUUACGUCCUUGACCCGAUGCGGUGUUUUGGCAUUCCGGUCCCCCGCAGGACUGGUGGCGGUGCGGUAUGCCCAGACAGCAGCAGCUCCAGCCGUGGAGCCCAGGAUAAAGAAGUUCCAGGUGUACAGAUGGGACCCGGACACUCCAGGAGACAAACCCCGCAUGCAGACCUACGAGAUUGACCUCAACACCUGUGGCCCAAUGGUUCUUGAUGCACUCAUCAAGAUCAAAAAUGAGAUGGACUCCACUCUGACCUUUCGCCGCUCCUGCAGAGAAGGUAUUUGUGGAUCCUGUGCAAUGAACAUUAAUGGAGGAAACACACUCGCCUGCCUCAACAAGAUCGACACCAACGUCAGCAAGCCGACUAAGAUUUACCCUCUGCCACAUAUGUAUGUUGUCAAGGACCUUGUACCUGACAUGAGUAAUUUCUAUGCCCAGUACAAGUCCAUCGAACCCUACCUGAAGAAGAAGGACGAGUCCAAUGAAGGGAAGGAGCAGUACCUGCAGUCUGUGGAGGACAGGCAGAAGCUGGACGGGCUGUAUGAGUGUAUUCUGUGUGCCUGUUGCAGUACGAGCUGUCCAAGUUACUGGUGGAAUGCAGACAAAUACCUUGGGCCUGCUGUGCUCAUGCAGGCGUAUCGCUGGAUGAUUGACUCCCGAGAUGAGUUCACAGAGGAGCGGUUGUCCAAGCUGCAGGAUCCUUUCUCCCUGUACCGCUGCCACACCAUCAUGAACUGCACCAGGACCUGUCCCAAGGGGCUGAAUCCAGGAAAGGCGAUUGCUGAGAUCAAGAAGAUGAUGGCCACAUACAAGGAGAAGAAGGCAGCUGCUGUCUGAAACCUCAUUUGUCCUCUUGAACUUUUUAUCCCUCCAUGAUUAAAUUAUAUGAUCAUUAAAAAAAAAAAAAAAUGCUUUCUGAGGUCUGAUGGGCCAGUGCACCAGGCGUUUCCACUGCAGCCACAUCCUGCUGUCAGGUGUAGCAGAAGUGUUUGUGUGGUUGCAGUUGGAGAAGUUGGUGUUCCAUAAACGCACAUGUACAGUAUAAAUGAAGGCGAGAGAGAGUGUGUGACUGAUUCUUACAUGUACCAUAGCAGAGGUGAUUACCUCCAGCUCUACUGUGUGUUUGUGUACUUGAUGCUGCAAAGUAAAAACAAGGCAUCUAUAUGUAAACAAUCUUUUAGCUUGUUGCUUUUCAUGUGAUCAGCUGGUUCACAGACACGUUCCUUUAGAUCUUCCCACAUACUGACAGUAGUCUUUGUUUUGAUGGAAAAUAAAUGGUUCAAAUUCA